AUGCCGGUUCAGAGGAACGACGCUCCUCUGGCGAGACGAACUGAGCGGCACCGUUGCGUCGUCGACUUAGAACACGGACUUACCACGGAACGGGAUCGUUUAAGCUCCGCUUUGCGGGCAGAGGGGAAGCCCACGUCCCCCCCGUCCUGCUGCCAGCAGCACUCGGACGAGGUCUGUGAAAGCUGCGUGGUGAAAACCACCCUGACAGCCGAAAACGCCGUGGAGGCCAACAAGCUCUCCAACAACUACAAGUUUGGCUUCAAGAAAUGGAAGAGCCACGUGACGGCGCGGCCCUGGGAGGACCGAUCGGAGAUCGUCAAGGAGCUCUACUCCGACCUCAACGUCAUCCGGGGCUCCGGAGGGUCCACGGUGACGUGCGGGAACGUCCUCUACCUGCUGCUCUUUGGCUGGUGGCUCUCGCUCCUCUACGUCCUCGUGGCUGCCAUGAUGUUCAUCACUGUUGUGGGGGCUCCCUUUACGGAGGUGCCACUGGAGGGGGAGGUGAUCCUGUGCUGCUACCGCGCCGUCAACCCCUACUACUACAAAUACGCCGUGGAUGGCAUCAACGUCUUUGCAGUCAACCUGCUGCCGUUGGUGCUGGUGACACUGGUGCUGGGCUACGUGGACAGCCACAACCACCUGACCAGCUCUCCCGUCAAGUUCACGUUGGCUCUGCUCUCCAUCAUGCCUCUCUCCUACUACAUCGGAAUGGCCAUUGCCAGCAUCUCUGCCCAGAGCAACUUCGCGGUAGGAGCGGUGGUGAAUGCGACGUUCGGCUCCAUCACGGAGCUCACCUUCUACAUCACGGCCCUCAUCAAGGGCUCGCGUGAGGGCAACCGCUGCUAUGCCGAGAUCGUCAAGUCGGCGUUGACGGGGACGCUGGUGGGCUGUGUCCUCUUCGUCCCGGGUCUGUGCAUGGUGAUCGGGGGCAUCCGGCACCAGGAGCAGCGGUUCAACAGCCGCUCGGCGGGCGUCAGCUCAGCCCUGCUCUUCCUCUCCGUGGGAGGUGUCUUUGCCCCAACGCUCUUCUCCAAGGUAUAUGGGAAGCUGGUGUGCGGCGAGUGCCACAACGUCACCCAGAACCCACUGGGCCACUACCUCUGCCACAACUGUCACUUUGACCUGAUGGAGAACAACGGCACCCUCUUCUACAGUCAUGUCCAACCCCUGGUGUACACAGUGUCCCUCCUGCUCCCCGCCGCCUACCUCAUCGGCCUCUUCUUCACCCUGAAAACUCACUCGCACAUCUACGACAUCCACAUCAGUGACUGUCACAUGCCUGGCCACCACCACAGCGCUGUGGUCCACUGGUCUCGCUGGCGGGCCCUGGUUAUCCUCCUGCUCUCCACCCUCUGCAUGUCAGCCUGUGCCGACCUGGCCACGGAGCACAUCAGCCCCAUCCUCACCAACUCCACCAUCUCGCAGUACUUCAUCGGUGUCACCGUGCUGGCGAUGGUGCCUGAGCUGCCGGAGAUCGUCAACGGCAUCCAGUUUGCCCUGCAGAACAACCUGAGCUUGAGCAUCGAGAUUGGGAACUGCAUCGCCGUCCAGGUCUGCAUGCUCCAGAUCCCCAUCCUGGUGCUCUUCACCAUCUUCUACCCGACCAACUUCACGCUUGUCUUCAGCGACCUCCACGUCUACGCCAGCAUGUUCAGCGUGGUGCUCAUGAACUACAUCUUCAUGGAUGGCAAAUGUGACUACUUCCAAGGCACGGUGCUGGUGAUGGUCUACUUCAUCCUCCUGGCUGUGUAUUUCUUUGCCCCGUCGCCCAGUGGUUGCUGA